CAGAGCGGGCGCUCGAGCUGGCGCGGGAGGCGCGGGAGCGCGGCUGGGACGCGGGUUCGGGCAUGAAGCUGUGCCGGGCCGCGCUGGGCGUGCUGCUGCUGGCGCCGCUCGGGGUGCGGGCGGUGGAGCCCAUCAGCCUGGGCCUGGCCCUGGCCGGCGUGCUCACCGGCUACAUCUCCUACCCGCGCCUCUACUGCCUCUUCGCCGAGUGCUGCGGCCAGAAGCCGAACCUCAGCCGGGAGGAGUUGCAGAAGGAUCUGAACAGCAAGCUGUUUGGGCAGCAUCUUGCAAAGAAGGUCAUCUUAAAUGCUGUGUCUGGUUUCAUGAGCAACGCGAAGCCCAAGAAACCGCUCACCCUCUCCCUGCACGGCUGGACGGGCACCGGCAAAAAUUUCGCCAGCAAGAUCAUCGCGGAGUACAUUUACGAGGGGGGCCUGAACAGUGACUAUGUCCACCUCUUUGUGGCCACACUGCACUUUCCGCACGCCUCCAACGUCACCUUAUAUAAGGAUCAGUUACAGUUGUGGAUUCGCGGCAACGUGAGUGCCUGUGCAAGGUCCAUCUUCAUAUUCGAUGAAAUGGAUAAGAUGCAUGCGGGCCUCAUCGAUGCCAUCAAGCCUUUCCUAGACUAUUAUGACCACGUGGAUGGGGUCUCCUAUCAGAAAGCCAUCUUCAUAUUUCUCAGCAAUGCUGGAGCAGAAAGGAUCACAGACGUGGCCUUAGAUUUCUGGAGAAGUGGAAAGCAGAGGGAAGAAAUCAAGCUCAAAGACAUGGAGCACGCCUUGUCUGUGUCGGCCUUCAAUAACAGGAAGAGUGGCUUCUGGCACAGCAGCUUAAUUGACCGAAAUCUCAUUGAUUAUUUUGUCCCCUUCCUCCCCCUGGAAUAUAAACACCUGAAAAUGUGCAUCAGAUCGGAAAUGCAGUCCCGAGGCUAUGAAGUUGAUGAGGACAUUGUAACCAGAGUGGCUGAGGAGAUGACAUUCUUCCCCAAAGAGGAGAGAAUUUUCUCUGACAAAGGCUGCAAAACUGUGUUCACCAAGUUGGAUUAUUAUUACGAUGACUGAAGCCGGAGGCCUUGCUUCGAGCUGGAGGAGGAGGAACGCCACACGACACCUGCGUCGUUCCCGCACCUCCCCUCCCUUCCCAAUCGGUCGGUCCCGGCAGGAGUGAGAUGGAGUCUUCCUGUUCGACGGAGGGACUUCCCUGGGCCUUGUCUUCAUCCGGGAGCCUGCAGGCCACACGGCUUGCAGACGGCAGGCGCGGGACAGCCCCGGGCCUUCGGAGGAUGCAGCCAGCUUCCGGCCUGCCACCAGGCCUCAUGAUUUUUUAAAAAUCAUGUUUUAAUUUGAAGUGUUUCUGUUUCAAGGAAGGACAAAUAAUUUUACUGAAAAUGUGAUGACUUUAUUUAAAAUGAUUUUUAACAUUAUGAGAAAGUUUUCAGA